CAGCUAGUGCCGAGCUGUCAAAGUCAUAAUGAAUGUCAUGUCAUCCAUUCCGUUCUUCCUCUGCUCAUAUUCAAGAUGGCGGAAAUUGCUUUUCGUGGUAAUUGUUUGUAGGCACGUUUUUUUAGUUUUUCGUUAGUUAUUGUAGUUAUUACAAUGUUUGUUGUUGUUAAAGAAUAGUAGUUUUGUUGCUAAUUACUGAAACUUUAAUUAUGGUUAUUCAAGAAGACAACGAAAUGCCUUUGGAACAGUCAUCCAGGAAAAAUAACGAUUUUAAGGUUAUCAGACAUGAAAUGAAGAUGGAACUAUUAAAAAAUGAGUUACAACAGAAUUUAAGGCACAAAAGAAAGAAAAUUAAACAAAACCUAAAUAUGGUAAGUGAAGAUUUACGGCAAGAAAAGUCAAGUUGCGAUGAAAACUCUGACAAUGUUGACAAAUACAGCGAAACUGAUUUAGAAGAAUUGAGGUCAAUUUACAAGAAAUGCAAGUCAAUAAUAAAAAAAAUGGAAAGUAAAUAUGGUCAUUUACUAGGCGUCGAUAGUUCAGAACAACAAAGCGAGUUAAAAAACCAAGAAAGUGAAAAAUGUACAUGUGCGCUAAACAAAAAGAUUGUCUUUGAUGACGAUGGUACAGAAAUAACUCAGGAGCCAAAUUUUACACGUCACAUAUGCCCUAAGAAAUUAAAGGUUAAACAUAAUUUAACAGAGACUAAUACACUACAAAUAGAAUAUGAAAUUCCAGAUACUUUACCUGAAGAUUUGCUGAGCUUAUCACAUUUAUUGCGGGAUCCAGGUCUAGAGACAACAGUCCGGAACAAAAUUAUAAACAAGAUAAGAUUAAUCAAGCAGGAAUAUACAAAUGAAGUGAAAUUUAAUAAACAUGCUAUUAUUGAGAAAAUUAAAUUGAAUCCUGAUGAAAUGAUUGAUUUUCAUGGAACAAACUUGUCUAGUUUACCAGGAUAUACUUUAUAGUAUUUAAUUAGUUUCUAUUAAAUUUUUAUACAAA